UUCCGAUCUUCGGCAAAGGAUCGAUAAUGCGGUUGAUAGCUACUUUCUAAUUAGUUAGUCAGACUGUUCAAUCAUUUGAUACGGUCUCAUUGAACUAGCCUUCUAGUAUCAACUAGUGUAUUGUUGGGUGAGGAUAGUACCUACCAACUGCAACCGCUGUUCGAAUUGGAUCAAUGCUUUGGAAGUCUUUUGAUUUGAAUUCAAUAUAUUUAGUGAAUUACAGCAGGCCUAUGAUGACUGUAUAACACAGCGGCUCACUUUGGAUAUGGCAAUAACCAGUUGUUUCAGGUUGCACUGAGCUAGUUGAAAUCUGCUAACCAAGCUAUCAGGCAAACUUUGAAAACUGAAUGGAAAGUGGAAAAUAAAAGGAUACGGUGAUGCAGGAAAAAGAAAAAGGAAAACCAAUUCUUCAGAAAACUGGAUGAUUGGCUGCAUGCAUGGACGACAUAUGAUUCCAAACCCCCCCGUAUUCUACUUGGAACAGGAUUCUAACAUAAAUUCUCAAUGUUACUGUCUAGUGUUAAGUAAGUUAAGUCAUUAUUAUUGAGUGUUAAUUGUUGAUUUUCUGAAUUAUCAUUAUUUUCAAAAUGGAUGCCAGUGUGAGCAAUCACAGAGUCAUCAUGGAAUAUUUGCAGAUUCCUUCAAAGAAUGAUUCACAAAUUUCACAAUCGAAUGCCCCCUCAUCAGAGGAUAAACGUCUUUAUUGUCUGAUCAUGAAAAAAAAUCUCGGGCCUAUGACCAGAGAAGUGCUAGAUGAAAUUGAUACAUUUUCUAGAUCCUAUGGGCGAAAAGGUAUUGGUGAAUCAGUAGUCCCUGAACCAGCUGAUGUUGUAACAAUGACUGCACCAGCUGAUGUCACAAUGACUGCACCAGCUGAUGCCACAAUGACUGCACCAGCUGAUAUCACAAUGACUUCACCAGUUGAUGUCACAAUGACUGCACCAGCUGAUGUCACAAUGACUGCACCAGCUGAUGCCAUGCUGACUUCACCAGCUGAUGUCACAAUGACUUCAUCAGCUGAUGUCACAAUGACUGCACCAGCUGAUUCUACAAUGACUAAACUAGCUGAUGUCACAAUGACUGCACCAGCUGAUGCUGUCACAAUGACUGAGUCUGUUACAGGUCGAAUAUCAGCAGACAGUUGCCAACAACUGUUGAUUGCACCAGAAAACAUAGAGAUCACAGAUAACAGUCAACAAGAAUCAAAUGGAAAAAUCUAUGAUAAUGCAAGUGUUGAAAAGAUUUUUCAAGAUUAUACUAAACUCAUUCUCAGAGAUGAUGAUAAUGAGGGGUACGCCUCUAGUUCCAGAGGUGAUGCACUUAGUCUUGGUUUGAAAUAUCUGGCACCAGCGAUGAAGGAUACAUCAGUUAUCUCACUCAACCUGGGAUGGUGUGGCUUGAGCAGCCCAACAAUCAUUCAUUUUGCAAAGAACUUGCACAGCUCAAAUUUGAAAAAACUGAUAUUGUGUGCGAAUCUUAUAGAUGAAGAUGAUGAGAAGGAUCUUGAAAAUGCGUUCAAAGAUUCUGGAAUAGAAUGGUUGGAUGUGGAGGCUGAUCCAAUAUGUGAUCAUCCUUUGUCUUCUUAUGAUGACUAUGAUGGUCCCCCAAUCGAAAUUGAUAUGCAUUACCUUGAUCAAUGUCGAAACAAUCCUGAGAAAACCACACUCAAUUUGGAACAUUGUAAGCAAAUUGUGGAGAAUGGACCAAGUUUUCUAUUACCAAUUUUGAAAAGUUCGUACAUUAAGGAUCUCAAUAUGGCCUCCAACAAUCUGAGUUGUGAUCAUAUAAAGCUGUUUGCUUCAAGCCUGAUGGAGACUAAGUUAACUCAUUUGGAUUUGGGCCACAACAACUUAAGAUAUGAAGGUAUCAAGUAUUUGGCUUCUGCUCUGAAAAACACUCGAAUCACUCACUUGAAUCUUCAAUUCAACUCACUAACAUGCAAUACUCUGAGAAAUCUUGUGUUUGCUCUGCCAGAGACAAGAAUUACUGAUCUCAAUCUCAGUGGCAAUGCUAUUUGCUGCAAUGCUUUUUAUUUAGCUUGUGUUCUGAAAAACACUCAAAUAUCUGAUUUAGACCUGAUGUACUGUGCUACUAAAACCAAUCAUUUGAAACAUUUCAAGGACUGUUUUCAAAUUUCAUCAGAAUACAAUAACAUCAAUAUGAGUGGUUAUAAUUUGUGUUCUGUUAUUCUAUAUAAUAUAUCACGGAAAAUCAAGGAAACAAAUAUCAUAGAUCUUGAACUUAGCUGUAUUGGCAUCAAUAAUGAUGACCUUGAAUAUCUGUGCCAUGGUUUGGUGGGCUCAAAAGUGCAAUUACUCGAUCUAAGUAAGAACAACAUGAAUUGCAAAGGUGUGCAAAUUCUGUGUGGUGUGCUUGAACACACUCACAUUUCUCAGUUGGAUCUAGCCCAAAACAGAAUAUCUUGUGAUGGUAUCAAGCACUUGGCACAGGUUCUCCCAAGGACUAAAAUUUCCAAAUUAAAUCUGGCUUAUAAUGAGAUCACCUGUAUUGGUGUGAAACAAAUCGAUUGAUCUGUCUUCC